UGUCUUUCUACCUUCAUUCGUUUCCAAUCUUCGAGCGUACUGUCGAGUGACGAGCCGACCGCCGUGAGUGUGUGUAAUGUCGACAAGAAUGUUGACGUUUAAUUCAGCUCGUCGGAAGCAACGAAUACGCGUCGCGCGAGCCUCGUGAAUAACGUCAAUGGAUUCCUCGUAACUUGCUGCACACAGUCGUGAUAAUGUUACGCACCGUGGAGUUCACAUAAAUCUGUAAUCUUCAUGAACGAACGAUCGUCGUUCGCGCGAGGGCUUUGGCUCGAACUGUGAUGCGCCAUAUUGGUUUUAAGAGAAUUGUUAACACUGUGGGUUUUAGGUGUGAAUCAGUUUCAUUGCAUAAAUGCAGGUAGAUUAAUUAGGCCACGACGAUGGAAGAGACUAAGAUCAUAUAUCACAUCGACGACGAGGAGACCCCUUACCUGGUGAAGCUCACCAUCUCGCCGGAAAGGGUCACUCUAGCCGACUUCAAAAAUGUCUUGAAUCGGCCGAAUUACAAGUAUUUCUUCAAAUCAAUGGAUGAUGAUUUUGGUGUGGUGAAAGAAGAAAUUGUAGAUGAUGAUGCCCAUCUUCCCUGUUUUAAUGGACGUGUUGUUUCAUGGCUGGUAUCUGCUGAAGGCAGCAAUGUAUCAGAUGGUGCAUCACAGUGCACAGAUUCAGUAGCACACAGUGAGGCAAAACAUGAUCGUGUUGAUCAUGUGACACCUGGUCACACAAAUCGUGGCCCACCCCCAUUGUCACAUGAUGACACUCUAACUGAAACCGAAAGUAUUACAAGUAGUCGACAAGGGCAUCAUUUGCACAAAAGUUCAAGACAUCAUUCAGAUAAAUAUGAGAAAUACAAUAAAUACAAUGGACUUCGUAUAAAUGGCCAUUCAAAACAUAGAUCAGGCCAUGGUUAUGAGACUGCCUCUAUUUUAAGUUCAGAUUUAGAAACAACAACAUUUUUAGAGUCAGACGAUGAUGCUAGUAGCCGUAUAACAUCAACAACUGGCAGACAUACCAAUAUGAGUAGUACAGUUGACAGAGCAACUUUAGAGCGGCGUAGACCACAAAGAAGAAGGCGUCAUAGAUUGCCACCUAUGUCUAGAACAUCAUCCUUUAGCAGUAUCACAGACAGCACAAUGUCCUUGAACAUCAUAACAGUUUCAUUGAAUAUGGAUACUGUCAAUUUCCUUGGGAUUAGUAUUGUUGGUCAAAGUAACAAAGGUGGAGAUGGUGGAAUCUAUGUUGGUUCAAUAAUGAAAGGGGGAGCAGUUGCUCUAGAUGGCCGAAUAGAACCUGGUGACAUGAUUCUUCAAGUAAAUGACAUUAAUUUUGAAAAUAUGUCUAAUGAUGAGGCAGUUAAAGUAUUGCGUGAAGUAGUUCAAAAACCAGGACCAAUCAAAUUAGUUGUUGCAAAAUGCUGGGAUCCAAAUCCAAAAGGUUAUUUCACAAUACCGCGUACAGAACCUGUACGGCCUAUAGAUCCCGGCGCUUGGGUAGCCCAUACAGCUGCUAUAAGAGGUGAAGGUUUUCCUCCGCGUCCGCCAAGCGCCACAACAUUAACUUCAACAUCGAGCAGUCUUGCAAGCACACUGCCAGAUACGGAACGACCAUUGGAAGAACUUCAUCUUACGGUGAAUACCGAUAUGCCGACAGUAGUACGAGCAAUGGCUCGACCUGACUCAGGGUUGGAAAUCCGUGAUCGUAUGUGGCUUAAAAUAAUAAUACCAAGUGCAUUUAUUGGAGCAGAUGUUGUGGAUUGGCUUAAUAAUCACGUAGAGGGAUUUAUUGAUCGACGCGAUGCAAGAAAAUACGCAUCUCUUAUGCUAAAGGCCGGCUUCAUUAGGCAUACGGUGAACAAGAUAACAUUUUCUGAACAAUGUUAUUAUAUAUUUGGUGACUUGUGUUCAGCUAUGAGUAGCAUGAAACUAGAUUGCGAUACAGUCGGACCAUUACCUCCGCCGAAUGCCUGGGAUAUGCCUUAUUCAGGAACAUAUGCACCUCAUUCUGCAACUGGUUACAGUCCAAUGCCAUUUAAUUUCACUAACGAACCAACUGUAUAUGGUUACCAUCGAGAAGAAAGUGUUCAUAGUGGUUCAGGCGGCAGUAGCGCAGGUAGUGAACACAUUUGCAAAGAACCUAUACAUGAUUUGAAGUCCUGUUCUUCAGCAUCUGAAUCUGAAUUGCAUAUUCCAUCAGUGCCAACUAUGCCAAGUAAGAAUUCUGGCAAUGGGAAUGGUUCAAAUGGAAAGAGAUCUAACGGUAGUCGCAGUCGUUCCAGUGGUUCUGAACAAUCUGUGCAGACAGGAACUGGUUCAGGAAAUCAACAGAACCAGCAAGACUUAUCUGAGCGGCGUAUGCACGAGGAAACUCGUACACUGACUAGCGAUUUGGACAACAAUAGCAGAGACAAUAUCUAUGAGGAAGAUAUUUUGGAGUACCAGUUUCUGCACAAGUGAAGAUACUUGUUAAUGCAAUACGUAUACGUAAUGGUGGUAAUAGGAGUUGAAAAAUGGAAAUUCAGGUGUAUUUCCACUUGACCUUGAAUUAGGUGGACGGAAAUAGCGAACGCGAGACAUAUAUAUAUUUAUAUAUAUAUAUAUAUAUAUUUAAUAGACGAAUUUUGAUAAAGCGUCAUAGAAAAUAAAGAAUCUAAACUAUCGUAUAUAAAUAUAUAUAUAUAUAUAAUUUGUAAUGGCUAUACAUAAAAGGAGAAGAUAGAUUUAAGGCCAUCGAAUUUCCAUGUGGUAUUUAAUAUCACCCGAGAAUGUGUAUAACGCGACACUAUAUAUAAAUUUCGAGAGAAGAAAAAGAAACGAUGGCGAAAAAGCGUGCUUUUUUAACGCAGGGUGCAUGUAGAUUGAAAAAAAAAAAAAAAAAAAUAAUCCUCGUUAAAUCUAUAUAUAUAUAUAUGUUUUAUCGAUAAUAUUCCUAUGUUUCGUUUUUUAUUUUUCUUUUUUUAUCUCGGAUAAAUAAUCGCGACGAUUCUUUUAUCUAUUAUUUUCACUAUAUAUCUUUUUAUCUCGACUAUCAGUUUAAAAGAUUUCCUAGAUUGGACUGUAAAAACAUUUUAGUCUUUAAAAAGUAGAAGUUUCAUAUUUUUUUUUAAACUGAUCUGCUUUUUUGCUUCUUCUUUUUUUCCCAAAUAAUGAUUAUAAUGUUAUGAUAUGGCUGUAUUUUUAAUUAUACGGGUAUAUGAACAUCAAAUUUACGAAAUGCGAAAUCGAAACGAAGAUUUUGCGUGUAUCGAAAAGAAGAAAAGAAGAGAGGAGCAAAAUGUGUCAGUAAAAUACGAGAUGAUAUUCGCAAAAUUCCUGAUUUAUUAGUACAACUUAUGACUGCAAAUACGUCUGUAAUCAAGUGUUAAUUCAUGCAAUGAAAAUUAAUUAGUAUGAAGCAUAUUAUACAGUUGUUGUAAUUGUAUUAUCGUUUCACUCUUGAAUUUUACGCUUAGACGAAAAAAAGAAGAAAAAGGAAAAAUUGUAACGCUUGAACUAUAAACAACACCGAUAACACUUUUUAUCGAUCUUUGUGAAUGAAAAAAAAUAUUCCAUUCCAGUUUUCGUGUUGAUUCAAUCGAACAGCCUGCAAGUUAUUUCAAACAUAGGCGACCGUAAUUUCAGAAAUUGUCCUUCUAAUUCAAACGAAUGCCGUACUUUGUUGAAUUUGCUUUAUACUAAAUAAUUGAGAACUCGAUGUAUGUACAAUUUUAUUUUUCCAUGCCACUUCAACCAAUUACUCGUUAAGGGAAAGGCAAUACGUAAAUAAAUUGUAAAGAUAGGAUUGUAUAAUUGAUGGAACAUUCUCUCAUUCCCCGGUUCUGCGUGCAAGUUUGUACGAGUAAGUGUGAUGACGAUGAUGAUAACUGCACUGUCGUGUGCUAGCACGGAUCUUCUCCCCUCUCACUGUAAGAAUCACGAAUAAAAAUGAACAUGGCGACAGGGAAAUGGAAGGGAAGGAAGUAUGCCUCGACCAGUCAAUAAGAAUCGAAUGAAAGUUUAUUUAUUCAGACACGUUCGAACAUGUUAUUCCGAUUGAGGUAUUUCAAUGUCAUUUAGAGUACCAUAGUACAAGGCAACAAGAUAGUCAAUCGAUAUUGCAUUUACAGACAGAUAGUUGAUUCCUUGUAUUUUUUAUCCCUUUGCGAGACAAAUAUCUGCGGACUUUCUUAUUAAGACUACGGCCGUGUACACGGCGUGUCAUCGAUACCCUAUUUGCGAUGUUCAACGAUUUUUACACUAUUUAUUAUAUUACGUGAGACUAAGAGAUUUGUAAAAAAGAAAGAAAGAAAGAAAAAAAAGCUAGAGAACGGAGGAAAAGGAAGCGGCGCAUUCGCCAGAUCGACAAAAUAAUAAACGACCUCUUCAAUGUGUGUGUUUCGUGGAAACGUUGCGAGACUGGUGUGACAGACUAUGAACGUUGAGACGAGAUUAUCUUCUCUCAACGCUCCCGUUUUUUCUUUCGCGAAGAAUUUGUUGCGAGGAAAGAAAAGAAAAGAAAAGGAAAGAAAGAAGGAAGAAUAAAAGAUGUAACGUGAACGAGUUUAUAUCCCAUAGUAUGUACGAUCACGUGGAUGUAACGAAUGAUUACAGCGGCUCAGAUUAUUCCGUAAGAUCGGGUAAAGAUCUACAAGAAGCGUAAGCUAAAAUAGAACGACGAAAGAAUUCAAUACAUGUAGUAGUGUGUGGAUAUACAGGGAAAUAGAUUGUAAAGAUUUUUAUGACUGUCUGAAA